AUGGAUGAAGGGGGAAACAAAAGCAUAUUAUCUCCAAGAAUACGUCACUGCAUCUACAGGACAUUAGUGAAUCUAGAAAGGUCUGCUGAGUGCGGUCUUGUUUCAGUUUCCCGGUGUUGUCACACCUACAAGGCUUCUGACGGUGAGGAGAUUUUCGACGGCAUCGAAGUGAGAAUCGUCGACGAAAACCACCGAGACGUCCCUCGCGGAACCAGCGGCGAAAUCUGCGUGCGUUCGCCGACCGUCUACGCCAACUGCUACGUGGACAACGAGGAAGCAUCCAAGGCAGUGAUUGACAACGCUGGAUGGUAUUGCACCGGGGACAUCGGGGUUAUCGACGCAGACGGGAGACUCGCGAUAAGCGGCCGCAAGGAUGACAUGAUAAAGCGAGCGACUGUUAAAAUAUUCCCUGUCGAUAUUGAGCCGAUACUCAAGCAACACUCCGCCAUAAAAGAUGUCGUGGUGAUAGGCGUGCCUGAUGAUCGGUUAGGGGAGGAAAUCUGUGCAUGCGUCAUACUAGAUGAUGCGUCCUCAUUGGCUGACGUAAAGAGCUGGUGUAAAGAGCAGUUUUCUGUCGGACCUGAUGGCCUAUCAAUAGCCCCUGUGUUAUACGUGCAGUUUUCUCAAUUUCCCACGACUGCCUCUGGGAAAACUGAUAAACGUUUGGUGAAACAGGCGGCACUGGACUAUUUGAAAGUAUGA